AUCCUAUUUAGUUUGCCAGCAUUAGCUUACACAAGACUACAGGAGGGUAGCCCGAAAAUGCCUCCUUAUGACUCUGGGUCACCGCUGAAAGAGUAUUGUGUUUGUAACCGCGCCUUUUCUUCAAUCAACACUUGGAGUCCUCUGACGGUGUGGGCAGUUAGAUAGCGCGGGGGAGCGACUGGACGAAUGGCUGACGAUGGCCAACUUCUGCCCCUGCUUACGGAUGCGAUAGCAGCGGUUGAUUGUUUGCUUGCGGAGGUGGGCUGUGCGGAGCCCACCAGGAGCUCUUACCAAGGCGUGCUGUACCCGCCUUCCACCCCAGCACAGCAGGUCUUUGACGGACUUUCCACUUCCGCACAAGCCUAUGAGCCGAACACAGGCGAGCAAGGCGGCCUCAGCGCCGUAGAGCUACAGCAGCUUCGAUGCCCACACCGUGCAUGGAACAGCAAUCUCCCCAGCUGUCCGCAAUACUUGCAGUCCAGCUGUGCUCAACCGCACAAGGACCCCGCCAUAAAUGGCCAGGAGCCUAGCAACACAUGGUACGGCAGCAGCGGCGGUGGCGGAGGUAACGCAGCGUACGGCCUUGCAGGAACGUUGCCACCGCCGUUAUCCACACCCGGGCAGCAGCAAGGAUGUACGGCAGCGGGUCCGUGCGGUGGGGGCGGUGGCGGCGCCGGUCAAGCCGGAAGCGUGUUUGUACGGCAGUCGUCGCGAGCGUCUUCGUCGCCGCCGUCGUCGCUGCCGUUACCACUGCUGCAGGCGCAACCGCAAGUGGUGUGGCCGCUUCUGGCUUACAGCCAGGAGCCAUCUGGGGUAAACGCCGGCGAGGACAUUUCUUUUCAUGGGGGGCAUCACGAGAAGCUCGAGCAGGGUUGCAAGCGCACUGUAGAGUACGGCGGCAGUAGCGUAGGUGUCGGUAUCCACGUUCGCGACACGACAGACGUACCCGCAGCAGCUGCAGCAACAGAAGGGACAGCGGCAUCAGCAGCUGCUGCAGCUACUACGCUGCCAUCGUCGCCGCCGACGCCUUCGCCGUCCGUGUUACCCUUGCCGGCCGUCGGCAGGGCCCCAGGAGCAGCAGCAACGGAGACGAUGGGGUCCAGCGGUCCUGCAUGCCCCAGCCGUGCAUCCUUCCGUCGCGCCUCCGUAUCUGGCCAAAGCCAGGGGCACAUGCAGGCUCAUGUUGGCCAAGACCACGCACACGGCGAUGACGAGGACUUGCUGCGUCGAGCCCUUAACCAUGAGGCUGCAGCAGCGGCAGCAGCAGCAGCGGGACCGGCAGCUGCAUCCCGGGCCACGGAUGGAAGUACUGCCCGUCUUCACACCGGGGCUGUAGACAGUAGCCGCCGUAUUGGGCAGCAGGUGCCGCUGCCGCACAUGCCAAAGAUGGAUGGACCCAUGGGUCGGCGGCGCAGCGCAUUCGUUGGUGUGACUCCGGAGCAGGAUGAGCUGCUUGCGAAGGCGGUGGAGCGGGUUCGGCGGUCUGAGGACUCGUCUCGUCGUGGCGGCGACAGCGGCGCCGUUGGCGGCAUUAACGGCAGCAUUGGAGGUUCGAGCCUAGACGGCGGCGGCGACUUCUCCGUACGGCGCGGCGGCAGCGGCUUCGCGGGCAGCGGUGUCAGUCGGCGGUGCAUGCGUCCGUCGGGCAUGGUUGACGACGUGCUUCAGGGCGGGGGCAGCCAGUCGGUUGCGGGGGACGAGCCAACUGCGCGUCAGCGCUCGGGCUCCCAGCGUGUAGGCCUACCGCCACGCGGCGGUGUGCCGCUGGCUCCGUUGCGGCGUCGUGACACACUCUCGGGCGGCGGCGCCACCCCGGGCAGCGAGAAGCUGCUGGCAGGCAUCUUUGCGAACGGCGGCAGCGGGCCGAGCGGCACGACAGGCGGCGUUCCGGGAAUAGGGCGGGAUCACGGUCUCCAGUUGUGGGCCGGCAACAAGUCGCGGGUGGAGAGGGCGCGGCUGGCGGUGCGCCUGCUGCAGGCGUCCGACCUCAGCCGCUCGCAGCAGGACAAGCACAUCGACCCGUACGCUGUGGUGUCGUGCGAGGACAAGCGCUACACAUCCAAGGCUGUCAUGAAGAGUAAGGAUCCGUUUUGGGACGAGUUCUUCAUCUUUGAUGUACGGCAACCCGCAUUUGCCGUACUCAAGAUCAAGGUGUACGACCAUCUGCGUUGUUGGAGGCCCGCCUUCAUGGGCCACGUGCGCAUCCCAGUGAAGUCCAUUGCGGAGUUCCCAGCCCGCUACUCCAGCCCAUCCCUACAUGCGCUCCGCUCGCGGGCGGGCAAGCUACGGGGCCACGUGCACAUGCAGAUAUUCUACACAGCGGAGUGGGUUCAUCGGCCUCUCCGCGUGCUGGCUGCCACCUGGAAUGUGGGCAACGCGGAACCGCCCCCGGACCUCGGACCAUGGCUGCAGGGGAUAGAGACGCUGCAGCAUGAUUUGGUGGCCAUCGGAGUGCAGGAGUGCUUGUACAAAGUGGGCACGGGCGGUUUGGACCCCGGGCAAAUCCCGGAGGAGGAGUUCGUUCCAGGAGGUGGCCUGACGGGAGAAGAGGACGGCGAGAUGGACGUGAGCUUCAGCAACGGCAGCACCAGCCGCAGCCCCAAUCACGGCCGGCAGCGGGACAGCGGCGGCAGCUGCCGGCAGCGCCCCCAGCAGCUGCACCCACAACUCCAACAACAACAUCACCAACACCAAAACCAGCAGCAGCCCAACCACCCUCAUCAGCAGCCUGCAGACCCGGCAACAGCAACGAGCCCCUUCACUCGCACCUCCGACUCCCAGUCCCACGGCAGGUAUCCCAUCCCCAUUCCCAUCCCCUUUGUCACGCGCUUCCGCCGAGAUCCGGGAACGCACACCGCCCCUGCUGUUGUCGUACCGGAAUCACUGUACGGAGGCGGCAGCGGCGCUGACGGCGCCCUCAGUUCGCCGGGUAGCGGUACAGCAACGCGCGAGUCCUCCGCUACAGGACUGGGCGCAGCCAUUGCUGCCGCCGCCGGCGGCGGCGGCAGCAGCAACGGCUCAGCCGCCGCUGCCACCAUCGCCGCAUCAGCGCCGUCUUCCUUUACUCGCCGCCCUCGUGGGGGCGCGGGCAAGAUGAGGGCCAGGAGCCAUCUGCACCUGUCACUGACGCCCGCGUCGCUGUCAGGAGGAGGAGCAGCGGCAGGCGGUGGCAUGGGAAGCAAGCCGUCAGAUCCCGGCGUCUCCGGCAACGGUCCGCUGGGGCCGCCUCCAUCCUUCGCCGCCUCUCGCCGCCGUCACAGCGCAUUGGAGCCGCCGCAAUCGACAUCUCCGUACCUGCCUCCGCAUCUGUCGUACCGCCCGCCUGCGAACUUUGCGCCGCUACGUACCGCCUCGCUGCACUACCAGUGGCAGCAGCUGGGGCUGUCGCAGUCCGGCCUAGAUACCAUUCAGUCCGCAAGCGCCGCCAUGAGUAGCGGCAGCAAUGUCAUCACCUCCCCCAACAUUUCCUUGCAUGGGGCCGUCACGCCCUCCAUCCCCUCCAUGGCCGGCCUCUCAGCCAGCGGCACGGCGCUCCCCAGCACCGCUCCUGUGAUCAGCCCACGCAACUCCUUGCAGCUCUUGCAACAGCAGCAGCAACAACAACAGCAGCAGCAGCAACAACAACAUAUGAUGCUACUUCAUCAAUCUUCCACUGCGGCGGUGGGCAAGGGCACGACUCAGACUAUCAAGAGCAAGGGAGUGCUGACGGACGUGGCGAAAGUCGGAAGUGAAUUCCGGGAGAUGUGGGAGGACCGACUAAAGGAGGCCGUGGGUCCGGGCUACUACCUGGUUGCCUCCGUCCACAUGGGUCAGAUCCGGUUGCUGCUCUUCGCGCGCAACGACGUGUACGCCGCCAUAUCCAAUGUGCGGACCGGCAAGCAGCCUACCGGGGUGGCGGGAGUAGCCACAAACAAGGGCGGUGUGGGCAUCAGCCUCAAGGUGUGGGAGACCACCAUCGCCUUCGUCAACAGCCACUUGGCAGCCCACCAGGACAAAACACGCGCCCGCAACAACCACUACCGAGACAUCAUUCGCGGCCUCAAACUGGACUGGCAGGGUUCCAACAUGGACGUACUCACGGCGUUCCACCACGUGGUUUGGAUGGGGGACCUGAACUACAGGCUGGACUACGGGCAGCAGGCGCUCACCCCCACGGAGAGCCCCACCGCCGCGGACUUCGCCUCGCUGGUGGGGGACGUGCAGCGGGGCGCUUUCGCGGAGCUGCUGAAGGUGGACCAGCUGAAAGCCGAGAUAGAGGGGCAGCGGGCCUUCCUAGGCUUCCACGAGGGGGAUAUCAACUUCGAGCCGAGCUUCAAGGUUCGACGUCAUCGGGGCCAUGAGUACAACCCGCAGCGCAGCCCGGCCUAUUGCGACCGCAUCCUAUACAGGUCGAACCUGCCACUCAAGCAAAUCCGGGUCAAGUCGUACUUCAGCCCUGCCGACAUCAGCACCUCAGAUCACAAGCCCGUCGGCGCCAUCCUGCUCGUGCCAACUGUUUGGCGAACGACGGUGCAAGAGGAAGAUGCCGCUGUCGGCAGCGGCAGCGGUGGGGGCGGACUACACAUCGGCCGCUGGAGCUUCGGCGGAGGCGGCGGCUCGCCCACCGACCCAGGCCAGCAGCACCAUCAGCGUCACAACCCCUUGUUCUCUGGGGGCUUUGGUUUCGGAGCCUCCCACCACCUGCACCUGCCACGCCCCUCCCUGGGUCCGCGGGGAGGCAUCUCCGGCAGUUGGGGCGGUGCCAGCAGCAGCAGCGGCGGCGGCGCCAGGAACUCGGCGGCUGCAUGCGGACCGCAGAUCCGAGUCACCUUCGUGUAUCUGCGCGCUCGCAAUCUUUUCAUGCUUCGUUCGCGGCGCAUGUCGGCUGUAACGGCUGCAGAGUUCCCCAGUCCGCAGCUUCUGCUGUCCGGUCCCUGCAUGCGUGACGCCGUGGUUCGAACCCGGGUCGCCUCCCAGACGCGGGAGCCGGUUUGGGCUGAUCCCGAGGAUGCAGACCUCGAGCCCGUUGUGGUGGACCUCAAGCUGGCGUCCAUGGCGGAGAUGGCGCACUUCCGGCUCUGGGCACGGGUCAUGGAUCAGCGCAGCGGCGAUCGCGGUGGCGGCCGCCACGGAUCAACCGGCGGCGGCGGCGGAGCGGCAGGUCACUCCACACGCGGUGGCGGAGGUGGCGGAGGCAGUGUCGGUGGCGCGUCGGUGCGCGGCGGCGCUUCCGUGGGCGGCGGCGGCGUGUUGGCUCGCGGUGUGGUGCCACUGUUGGACGCGGUGACGAAGCUGCUUCAGGACCCGCAGGGGCUGGCGCCGUUCAAGGUGCGGCUGGAGCUGUGUGGCCUGCCCGCGGGCACACUGGAGGGCAGCAUGAGGCUGGAGGUGGUCGAGCGCCAGAAGCAGUCGGAACAGACCCACGGGUCGUUUGGGCGGGGUGGCGACCAUAACACCUGCAGUACCGACAGCCCCCAAACGCCUAGGUCACCUGAUGCAGCUGACAGGGCAGGCAGCCACACCGCAUCACCGACGUCACCUUACCCGGGUGGGGGCGGGGGUGGCGGCGGUACCGCGGCAGGCGGUCGGGGCCUGAUGGCGUCCAUUCGUCAGAGCUUUCGCCGACCCACUUCUUAAGGUGACAUUGCUUUCUCAAGGUGGCGUAGUAGGUGAUUUGGUAUGUAUGGAAAAUUCAGGAAUGGUGUGAAUAUCCCAUGGCUUCAGGGAUAAGCUAGAGGUACGUUAACUGCGAGCAUACACUUGUCGUGACUAUUGUGAGGUGACGGACGUGUGCAGGUGGCGAGGGUCGUGGGAGUGGCUGUGAUCCAAUAUGGCAUCUUAUAGGGAAGCUAGUGCAAGCAAAUUGCUGCAUGCGAGGGGACAGCAGGCAGGGGCCAGAAGGGCGCACUCCUCCAAUGUGCGAAAGGAGGAGGAGCGCCGGGCUAGUGAUGGAGUUUGUGCGUUUGAGGGGGUUGUGCUGGGCUGGCGGAGGGAGGGUGUCAAGUGCGCAGGCGUUCCG